UAGUGAUCUUGAUCGAUCUAUAUCGUGACUAUUAUAUGUUAAUAGGGCAUGUGGGCAGGUAUGAUAUUCGGAGGAACUGCAGUUCAGACACUGAUAUUGAUCUUUAUCACCAUGAGAUGUGACUGGGAGAAAGAGGUUCAGAAAGCAAAUGCGCGCGUUAAAAAAUGGUCUGUUUCCGAUGAAGGAAAUUGAAGACAAUCGAAUGUCAAAACUUAUCAUUAUAAUCACCAUUGCUAGUACGUUACGUAAAUCGGUGGUCGUGUCUGGUUCGGCUAUCUAAACCUAAACCGGAGCAACGACCGAUUUCUUUCUUUAUAAAUAAAUAAUUAAGGCUACUUUAACUACAUAUUUUUUUUUGUAUGUAUUAUGAUUAAGGAAUAUUAUCAUAACUAUAAAAAAUGACACAUCUAGUUCGAAGACAAAAGGCAAAAAUUUAGUUGUCGAACGGUUUAUCACAUAGCAUAAGAAAUGGUGGGAUGCAAGAAAUUGAAGAAUGUAUACAAAAUAUUAAUUGGAUCUCGUAUGAUUAAACCAGAUAGUUAAUCGGUAUAUAUAGUAACCGGUUCGUAGUUUGUAAACCAAAACCUAAGCAAUGGCGUGGUUGGUGAGAAAUAUACAUGCUCUCCUUUCAUGUUUCUUCUUUUCCAACAAUUAUUUUAUACGCAAGUGGCCCGGUUCUAUAUAGAAGAAGAAGAGUAUUAAUUACAUAAUGACGAAGAUAGUCAAGACAAAAAAAUGGAGUUGUUAAGUUCGUGACAACCAGUAUUGUGGACGUACAUGGGAUUGGGACAUAAAGCGAUGUAAACGGAAUUAUUGAGUGAAAGUCAAGGGUAUGGUAUUGGAGUUGAAAUGAAAGAGGAUUACAAUGUUUUAAAAUAAUUGACGCAUGCAUGGUGGUUUAAUGGUAAAAUAAACCAUCCUGAAAAGCGAGAGGGAUCGUAGUUAGAGCGUUUCUAGCUUCUGAGUUUUGUUUCAUGAGAUUAGAUGGUAACUGUUUUCCACAAAAGUCUCGGGAGUUAGCACAGUUUUUGGCUCUUAACCUACCGAUUAUUAAAAAAACAAUAUUUAUAUUAUGUGUGUGUUACUCAAUAUCAUCAGGUAUCUGCUCUCAUCUACUCCUUUAAUUUAUAGAUUAGAUAACUUUCCAGAAGAUCGGCGAUGGGAGAGAGAGACGACGAAACAGGAGGUGUAGAGAAGGCAAAGAUUCCUUUGUUAAGGGAUCGAAAUGAAGCGGGGGAAGACGGAGAUAUACUGGUGGAGACGAAGAAGCUAUGGCGUAUCGUUGGACCAGCCAUAUUCACCAGAAUCACCACCUACUUGAUCCUCGUCAUUACUCAGGCCUUUGCCGGCCACCUCGGCGAGCUUGAACUCGCCGCUAUCUCCAUCGUUAACAACGUCAUCAUCGGUUUCAACUUCGGCCUCCUUCUAGGAAUGGCUAGUGCGUUGGAAACGCUGUGUGGUCAAGCGUUCGGAGCGAAAAAAUAUAACAUGUUAGGAGUGUAUUUGCAGCGGUCUUGGAUUGUUCUCUUCUUUUUGGCUAUCUUGCUUCUCCCUGUGUACUUCUUUGCAACUCCGAUUCUUAAGUACUUGGGCCAGCCUGAUGACAUCGCCGAACUCUCUGGUACCAUCGCAGUUUGGGUUAUUCCUAUCCAUUUCGCAUUUGCCUUCGUUUUCCCUCUCAACCGAUUCCUCCAAUGCCAGCUCAGGAAUGUGGUGAUUGCAAUAGCAUCUGGAGUGGCACUUGUAGUUCACAUAUUUGUGUGCUGGCUUUUUGUGUAUGUUCUUGAACUAGGAGUCAUUGGGACCAUGGCUACUGUUAACGUCUCAUGGUGGUUCAAUUUACUCGUCUUAUUUACUUACACCACUUGCGGUGGUUGUCCGCUCACUUGGACUGGUUUCUCCAUCGAAGCUUUCACAGGACUAUGGGAAUUCGCUAAGCUCUCUGUCUCCUCCGGUAUCAUGAUUUGCUUGGAGAAUUGGUAUUAUAAGAUUUUAAUCCUGAUGACUGGAAAUCUGAAGGAUACAAAAAUUGCUGUCGACUCCCUGGCUAUAUGCAUGUCGAUAAAUGGACUGGAGCUGAUGAUUCCACUUGCUUUCCUCGCUGGGACCGGCGUACGAGUGGCAAAUGAACUAGGAGCAGGCAGUGGGAAACGAGCGAGAUUUGCAAUGAUCGUAUCAGUGACACAGUCCUUGCUCAUCGGAAUAAUAUUUUCGGUGCUCGUUGUAUUUCUUCAUGAUCAAAUCGGUUGGAUCUUCUCUUCAAGUGAAACCGUCAUAAAAGCAGUCAAUGAUCUCUCUAUUCUUUUAGCUUUUACCAUUCUUCUCAACAGUGUCCAACCGGUUCUUUCCGGUGUUGCCAUUGGUUCAGGUUGGCAAUCAUUCGUCGCAUAUAUAAAUUUGGGAUGCUAUUAUUUCAUCGGACUUCCACUUGGAUUUGUUAUGGGCUGGAUUUUCAAAUCUGGUGUUAAGGGCAUUUGGGGAGGUAUGAUAUUCGGAGGAACUGGGAUUCAAACAUUGGUAUUGAUAUUUAUAGUUGUGAGAUGUGACUGGGAAAAAGAGGCACAAAAGGCAAGUGCGCGCGUUAGAAAAUGGUCGACCUCAAACUCAGAGGCAAUAAAUUGAAGAGCGAAAUUCCAAAAGAUCCAGCUUACAAAAACGAAAAAUUACUAUAUAAAGGUUUAAUUCAAUUGGCCUUGUCAAAUUUAUUUCUUAUGGUUGAAUCAAUAAUUUGGAUUCUAAACAGAAGAAUAUAUAGAUCUAAAUUGUAACAAUACCACUGUAAUAAGUUACAAAAAAAAAAAAACAAUACCAGAGAGAAAUUGUGUUCAUAAUGCGACAAACAAU